AGCUGUAUCCAGCAGAAAUGAAACCACGCCCCGCCCAGCACCCAGGCCCCGCCCAGCACCCAGGCCCCGCCCGGUAUCCAGGAUAGGGGCGUGGUCUCACCGCCGCUGUCAGGAAGCGCGGCGGGCCGUCCUCAGUCGCUGGGGGUGCACCGGGGAGAUGAGCUCGCCGCCGUCCGCGCUGCUGUAGGCGACCUUAGGCACUUCUUUCCCCGCUACGAGUGAUUCGGCAGCCCCUACAAUGGCCUUGCGUGGGUUCGCCAAAGGCUGGAGGGCCGGCUUGUGUUCGGGUGCGUGUGAGCCGCCGAAGGGUCCCGGCAUCCAUGUAUAUCUAUUUUGGACCAGGGAGGGUGAGCGCUAUCUGUCCCAGCCGGCGGAAAAGAUGACGGCGGAGCAGCUCUGCUUCUCUGCCGCGGAAGCUGCAGGCAUCACCCCACUGUGCCAUGUGUUGUUUGCGCUGUACGACCCAUCCUCCUGCUGCUGGUACAGCCCAAACCACGUUUUCAGUCCAGAGGAGAAUCCCUACCUGGUACUCCACUACCGGUUAAGGUUUUACUUUAGGAACUGGCAUGGGCUGACUGAGAGGGAGCCCAACGUUUUCCGUUAUGCCCUUCGAUCUGGCACCGAGCCGGCUGGUUCACCCCUGCUGGAAAUGACCUCUUUGGAAUACUUGUUCUCUCAGGCUAAAUAUGAUUUUGUGAACGACGUGGUGCCGAUGGAGGAGGUGGAGUCAGACGAGGAGCUUAGUCGCUUCAAGAAUGAGAGCUUGGGCAUGGCGGUGCUUCAUCUUUCCCACCAGGCGAUACACACUGGCUGCACCUUACAGGAAGCCGCCAGUAAAACCAGCUUCCUGUGCUGCAUCCCGAGGUCCUUCUCCAACCACAUCGCCAGGGACAACUUCCUAACUAAGAUUAGGAUCCACCGGGUGUUCAGAAAUUUUGUCAGGACCUUUCAGCGGCACACGGUGGACGUGGGGCGUCUGGGCCCGCAGGAGGUCAUGUACAAAUACAUCUCCACGCUGGAGCACCUGGUGCCCAAGUACGGCUGGGAGAUCUUCCCUGUGAGCCACCUGGAGCUGAGGGAGGACGGGGAGGGCAGUGGCACGUACCCCGACACCACCCACGCCCACGGUGUCAUGCUAGACAAUUAUAUAGCCCCCGUCACCCAUGAAGUCAAGGUGUCCGGCACCAAAGGCAUUCUGUGGAAGGAAGUGUCUGAGCAGAAGGCCCAGGCAAACAGCUACUGCCGAAACGAUUACACAAGUAACGCAAAGAAAACAAAGCAGCAGGCCAAACAACCACAGGCCGGACCUGACAGCAAAUGGACCUCUUUCUGCGAUUUCCCAGAAAUCUCUCACAUCGCCAUCGCCGGAACUAAUGUGUGCAUUAGCCUGCAGGACAACCACUCCAUGGAGGUUCAGAUGACGUCCUUCCUGGAGGCUCGCUCCUUCGUCUCCCUCCUGGACGGAUACUUCAGGCUGACCGUUGAUGCCCACCAUUACCUCUGUCACGAGGUGGCCUCGCCCCGGGUGGUACUGAGCGCCACCAACGGCCUGCACGGACCCAUGCACGACGACUUCGUCCAGCUGAGGCUGAAGAAGGAGGCGACGGAGGAUGGAGCGUUUCUGGUCCGUUGGAGCGCUCUUGACUACCACCGCAUCAUAUUAGCAGUUAUGAACAGAGAAAAGAACGGAUCAGCUCCGGUCCACAAGCAGUUCCGCAUCUCGCAUAAGGACUCCAUGUUCCACCUGGAGGGCUGGGACCAGCGGUUCUCCAGCGUGAAGGAGCUCACAGACCGACUGAAGACGUUCGUGCUAAAGUCCGGACACGACAGCUUCACUGUGAAGAAGUGCUGUCUGCCCAGACCCGCCGAGCUGUCCAACCUAAUUGUGGUGCGGCAAGGCGCAGACCGCUGUGUCAGUCCCGGCUCUCUGGCCCUGAAUCUGACCCAGCUGCGCUUCCAUCAAAUCAAAGACAGAGAGAUUGUCCAGGAGCAUCACCUAGGCCGCGGCACCAGGACUAACAUCUACUCCGGCCGUCUGCUGGUGUGGGGCGGAGGGGAGAACGAGGAGGAGGACGAGUUUAACAACAACCGUAAAGGAAUCCGGGUCGUCCUCAAGAUCCUCGACCAGAGCCACAAAGAUAUCGCAUUAGCCUUCUUUGAGACGGCGAGCCUGAUGAGCCAGGUGUCCCACAGCCACCUGGUGUUUGUUCACGGCGUUUCCGUUAAAGGAUCUGAGAACAUCAUGGUGGAGGAGUUUGUGGAGUUUGGGCCCUUGGACGUUUUCCUUCGCAGGGAGAAGCAACACGUGACGCCGCAGUGGAAGUUCAUUAUUGCCAAACAGCUUGCCAGCGCGCUCAGUUACCUGGAGACUAAACGGCUGGUGCACGGGAACGUCUGUGCCAAAAACAUCCUGGUGGCCCGCCGCGGUCUGGAGCCCAGCUCCUCUCCCUUCAUCAAGCUGAGUGACCCCGGGAUCGCCAUCAGCGUCCUGUCACAGGAAGAGCGUCUUGAGCGGAUCCCGUGGAUCGCCCCUGAAUGCAUUCAGAGCAGCGCUCCUGUGGGAAAUGCUGCUGACCAAUGGAGCUUCGGCGUCACACUGCUGGAGAUCUGCAACAACGGUGAUAUACCAAUGAGCAGCAGCACCUUGUCUGAGAAAGAGCGUUUCUAUCAGCAGAGGGGCCGCCUGGUGGAGCCCUCGUCCCAGGAGCUGGCCGGUUUCAUCAGCAUGUGUCUGAGCUAUGAACCCGUGGAGAGGCCGUCUUUCCGGACCGUGCUCCGAGAGCUCUCUGAAAUCAUGAUCAAAAAUCCAGACAUAUCCCCCAGCGAGUCUCUCCCGAACUCCGACCCCAGCGUCUUCCUCAAACGCUACCUGAAAAAGAUGCGUGACUUGGGAGAGGGCCACUUUGGAAAAGUGACGCUCUACCUGUAUGACCCAGCCAAUGAUGGGACAGGAGAACGCGUGGCGGUCAAGUCAUUGAAACAAGAAGACGGAGGCAGUCAUCUUCACGAGGGCUGGAUGAAGGAGAUUGAGAUACUGAAGUCUCUCUACCACACCAACAUUGUAAAGUACAAAGGCUGCUGUUAUGAGCUGGGGGGACAGGUGGUGCAGCUCAUAAUGGAGUACCUGCCGCUGGGCAGCCUCAGAGAGUACCUGCCCAAGCGGAAACUCGGCAUAUCGCAGUGUCUUCUCUUCGCCCAGCAGAUCUGCCAGGGGAUGGACUACCUGCACUCCAUGAGGUACAUCCAUCGAGACCUGGCGGCCCGUAACGUCCUGGUGGAGAACAACGGCCUGGUCAAGAUCGGAGACUUCGGCCUAACAAAGUACAUCCCCGAAGGAGAGAUCUACUAUCGAGUCCGCGAGGACGGGGACAGUCCUGUCUUUUGGUACGCCAUCGAGUGUCUGAAGGAGAGCAAGUUUUCCUUCUCUUCGGACAUUUGGUCUUUCGGCGUGACGCUGUAUGAGAUCCUGACGCGCUGCAGCCCCCAGCAGAGUCCUCCGACGAAGUUCUUUGAGAUGAUGGGUUUGGUGCAGGGUCAGAUGACGGUGAUGGCUCUGAUAAAACUGCUGGAGAGACAGAGGAGGUUGCCGUGUCCCAGAGAAUGCCCCCACCAGGUGCACCUGUUGAUGAGGCAGUGCUGGGACGCAGAGCCCUCUCAGCGGCCAUCUUUCGAAUCCCUCAUCGAGAGCAUCGCUGCAGUUCGCCAGACGUUUGAAUUGGAGCCCAGUCAGACUGUUUCACUGGCUCAGAUUCGCUCGUAAGGACCGGUCACACCCCCCCCCCCUCUCUCUAUUCACUCGUCACAUUGCCCCUGGACUGUACAGUAUCACAUCAUCGCUGUGUGCCAAGGCUCGCAGGCUUGCAAUUUUCUGCUCUGCACUGCCCCCUGCCGGCUCUCGGCUGCACAGCACAGAUGCCUCGUGGAUAAAAGCACACAGUUGUUCCUUGUAGCCCACGUCUCACAUCCGUUAUUGCAGCCCUGCAGUUAUCUGAUCCCUGGUUGACGAUAUGAAUUCUUGUAACUUGUCGACAUAAACUGACUAUGGCCGUCAGCAGCUAUAGAUAAUAAACGUUUACCUGUUCACUGUUGGGGUUCAUCACAGUAAGUAUUAAGAAGCUCUGUAGGUUUGCCGAUGACAGCUCUCUCUCUCUCUCCCUUUUUAUUUUUAUAUGAUACUUGGACUUUCCUUUCAUCUAAUGGAGGGAAGUCAUUAUCAGUAAACCACUUAUUGCACAAUGCUACGAUUCAUGUAUUACUGAAAUUAGCACAUUGUUGAUUAUCUCACUACAAAAUGGGAACUAUGCAUAUGUCUGUGAAUGUUCUCUUUCAUCCAGGUCAUGGUUAUCCAAAGGAGUUGAGUCAAGUGCAACUGGACCUGGAUAUAUACCAAGUCCAGUUCCACUUGAUUCAACUCCUUUGGGGAACUAUCCACAUUUUUAUUGGUUAAGGUCUUACAUCUGUAAACCUGAAGCAGUGUAGUACAGGACCCGCAGAGUCUUACUUACGUUAAUGUGUACUUCCACAACACUUUGUUUUUCUGUCAGGUUACUGCAUCAUGUGACUAACAGUAAAGAUGCAGACUAUGAAUAAGGAAGGUCACGUGUUUUUGUUUUAAUUUGUUUUGAGGCUGUACAAUUAUUUAUCCUAUUGAUGUUUCAAGUGCUGGAGAAAAAAACAGAUCUGUAUGGUUAGUCUUUUAGCUGUGACCACUUUUUAAAGUUCCAAAAAUCAGACUCUUUAGUGACAGAAUGUACCAGAUGGUCGUGUAGUGAUUCUGUAGCACCUGUAAGGUGUUGGAAGUAAAAAGGAAAUCAGGAGGGGUCCUGGUGAAUGACAUGGAUUCAGUUUGCCUUUAGCCAGUGGUAAGAGCCAUACAAGCUGGCAUCUUAAACUAUGUAUGGAUUUAAACUUGAAUCUAUCUGGUCCUGUGCUUGAUUUGAGGUGGUUCACAAAUGGCCAUGGCUUCCUGCCCACAAUCUACUGUGUUCACACAAAAUUUGAAAGACUAGAAUAUGGUGGGGGGAGGCACGGUGGCACAGUGGUUAGUGCGGCUGCCUCACAGCAAGAAGGUCCUGGGUUCGAGCCCUGGGGUAGACCAACCUUGGGGGUUGUCCCGGGUAGUCCUCUGUGUGGAGUUUGCAUGUUGUCCCCGUGUCUGUGUGGGUUUCCUCCCACAGUCCAAAGACAUGUAGGUCAGGUGAAUCAGCCAUACUAAAUUGUCCCUAGAUGUGUGUGUGUGUUGUGUGUGUGUGGGCCCUGUGAUGGCCUGUCCAGGGUGUCUCCCCACCUGCCGCCCAAUAACUGCUGUGAUAGGCUCCAGCAUCCCGUGACCCUGAGAGCAGGAUAAGCGGUUUGGAUAAUGGAUGGAUGGAUAAAGUGAACUGAUAUAUGUAGAUUUAGACAUGGAAAAUGCAUGAUUUCCAUUUUAAGAAAUACCCAACAGCUUCAUUUGACUUAAGAAAAUGCUCAGUAGUCCAUUAUGGGCUCAAUGGUAGUGAAUUACCACCCUUGUAUAGAUUGUGAUAUGGAAAGAAAGUAGUGUUUUUGUAAAUCAUUGCCAUAUUGUGAGACCUUAUAGGCCUCAGGCCAUGUUAGUAGAUCUCAAACAGGACUUGAUUGAUUUGGCUGGAAGGCUGUUAUGUUAGGCUCCAUGAAAUAUCAAAUAGUAUUAGCUAGCUUAGCAUCACUAUAUUUUUCCAAAGGCAACUUCAUAAAUAAGUUCUCUAAACUUUGUUUUCAUUGAUCUGAGUAACACCUGAGUUUCGAAAAAUAACAUCAUUAUUCCAGCUAAAUACAUACAUCAGAAAUCUCCUGUAUUUAUUUUUUUAGGUGUCUUGUUUUCAAAUCCUUAAAAUUUGUAAAAAGUAAAAGAGCCUAAAAUUGUUCCGUCUCUUUUCACAGUAUGAACUUAUAUAAACCCUAUAUAUAUAUAAUCAAUAUGAAUAUCAUGUUAUUGCAUUCAUUUUGUUAAAAUUUGUUAAAAAUUUGUUAAAAUUUGUAAAAGGUAAACAAGCCUAAAAUUGUUCCGUCUCUUUUCACAGUAUGAACUUAUAUAAACCCUAUAUAUAUAUAUAUAUAUAUAUAUAUAUAAUCCAUAUGAAUACGAUGUUAUUGCAUUCAUUUUGUUAAAAUUUGUUAAAAUCUGUAAAAAGGAAACGAGCCUGAAAUUGUUCCGUCUCUUUUCACAGUAUGAACUUAUAUAAACCCCAUAUACAA